AUGCCACCUCCUGAUAAGAAACCAGGAAAGGGUAAGACUCUUCUGCAGUCUUACCUAAACACCUUUAAUCAACAAAAUGAAGAGCCAACCACUGUAAUUUCAGUGAAAAGAGAUGUCGAUGAGGAGGCAGAAUCUGGAGUGACAUACUUUGUAGAUGAAGAAGGUCGAUAUUAUUACCAGCCCGCUGGUGAAAAUCAGGGUCUUAUACCACUACCAACUGGAGAAAAUGAAGAAAAUGAGGAGGUAAUGGGAGAGGAUGAAUCUCAAAUGUUGGUAGACAGUGAUGGAUAUCAAACUGUCACUUUGAUGCCAUCAGACAAUGGUAAUGGUGAAGUGAGCUAUGUUCUAGUAGUACAAGAGGAGACUAAGCCAGUCAUCAAUAUAGACAUAAAGGAGGAGAAGAACAAUGAGGAUGUCUACAAUUUCGAAGAUGAGGAGGAAGAGGCUGGUCAAGAGGUAACAGAUGAAGAAAAUGAUAAAUCCAAAGUUAAAGUAGGGAAAAAGCGUACAAAGCAUACACGCGCCCAUUUCACAUGCAACUUCUGCUCUUACACUAGUCAUAGACGGUAUUUAUUACUGCGUCAUAUGAAAUCCCACUCUGAGGAUCGCCCACACAAAUGUGGAGUUUGUGAACGUGGAUUCAAGACUAUUGCUUCUCUGCAGAAUCAUGUCAAUAUGCACAAUGGUGUUAAACCACAUGUUUGCAAAUAUUGCAAAAGUCCAUUCACAACUUCUGGUGAGCUGGUGCGCCAUAUCCGGUACAAGCAUACGCACGAGAAGCCACACAAGUGCACCGAGUGCGACUACGCCUCGGUAGAGCUAUCCAAACUGCGGCGCCAUGUCCGCUGCCACACGGGCGAACGGCCAUACCAGUGCCCGCACUGCACCUAUGCCUCCCCGGACACGUUCAAGCUGAAGCGUCAUCUCCGUACGCACACCGGGGAAAAGCCCUACAAGUGCGAACAUUGCAACUUGUGCUUCACGCAGUCCAACUCAUUGAAGGCUCAUAAACUUAUCCACAAUGUUGCCGACAAACCGGUGUACGCAUGCGAGCUGUGCCCCACAAAAUGCGGCCGCAAGACCGACCUGCGGAUCCACGUCCAGAAGCUGCACACAUCUGACAAACCACUGAAGUGCAAGAGAUGCGGAAAGUCGUUCCCCGAUCGAUAUUCGUGCAAAGUUCAUAACAAGACCCACGAGGGCGAGAAGUGCUACAAGUGUGACCUCUGCAUGUACGCAUCAACCACAUUGAGACAUCUCAAAUCUCACAUGCUGAAGCACACAGACGAGAAGCCCUUUGUCUGCGAUCAGUGCGAUCAGUCCUUCAGGCAGAAGCAGUUGCUGCGCCGCCACCAGAACCUGUACCACAACCCGGAUUACGUGCCGAAGGCGCCCAAAGAGAAGACGCACACUUGCCAUGAGUGCCACCGCACAUUCGCGCAUAAGGGCAACCUGAUUCGGCACCUGGCCGUCCACGACCCGGAUUCAGGCCACCAAGAGCGCGUGCUUUCCCUCAAGCUUGGCCGCCAGAAGAAGGUCAAAUACGUCAGCGGUCAACUGAAGCAUGUGGACGAGGAUUCUGAGAAUGAGCAAGAGAGUGAGAAUGUGAAAGUCGAGAUCACCAACAAAGAGUUGAAGCGGGGCGAAUACGUGACAGUCGCCGACGGCGAUGGCCAGCAGUACGUGGUCCUGGAGGUCAUACAGCUCGAGGACGGCACCGAGCAGCAAGUGGCAGUCGUGGCCCCGGAUUACGUUGAAGAGGAGGAGCAACCCGAAGAAGAAGAGGAAGAAGACCCUAUCGAGGAGGACAGGAAAGAUUUGAUCAUCCUUGAGAAAGAACAAACUAAGCAGAAAGAUAUGGAAAGGAGCCUUAAAUUGGAGAAGGACGUAGACACGUGUUUCGGAUUCGAUGAGGAAGAGGAGCCGGAGGACGACGAAGUAAGCUAUGAUGACAAGCUUAUCCUGCGCUUGGUU